AUGGAAGAAGAUUCCCUGAAAAUCGCUCUUGAAGUGUUGGAAGAGCUGAAAAUGGGCAAGAACGAGAUUGGCCGUGGAGAUUCAAAGGUUGUGGUGGCAAAUAGUUCGAUGGUGGAGGUGAUGGGAGGAGUUCUAAACAACGGUCAAUCUAUAAAGAAGAAAAAGAAUAACAUUGAAGUGAAAGACAUUUAUCCCUUGAAAUAUCCAAUCUGCCCUAAGUGUAAAGGAGAGUUUUUCACAUUUAGUGCUGUAAUUGAACACUUGCUAAAAAACCCUAAUUGUGCUUCUUGUGGUACCUCUAACCCACAUCAACUUGUUGAUCUUAACAAGGGUGCUGAUGAGGUCCAGCAAAUGGAGAUAGAGGGGUCCUCUAAUGCUGCUGCUGCACCCAAGCCUGCUGAAUGUUUUGUAGGAAAGAAAAAGAGGGCAACAAGGGACCAUGUUGCAAAAAUUACUGUAUCGGAUUUGGUCAAGUACUUUGAUAUGCCACUUUUAGAAGCCUCAAAGAAACUAAAUGUUGGCACUACUGUUCUCAAAAGAAGGUGCAGAGAAUUGGGUCUUCCCCGCUGGCCUCACAGGAAGAUCAAAUCACUUGAUACUCUCAUUCAUGAUCUUCAGGAAGAGGCAGCACAUAAGGAAAUGAAGAAUAAAGCUGCAGCAAUGGCAGUGAGAAAGAAGCAAAAGAUGGUGGAAAGUGAAAAAGAAAGGAUAGAGAAGAAGCCAUUCAUUGCCAUCAAAAGUGAGACCAGGAGAUUGAGACAAUAUGUUUUCAAGAGAAGGUACCAUGCUAGAGUUAUGGAAAAACAGAAUUAG